AUGCAUAGGGCGAACGAGAACAUCGGCCCGAGGGUGCUUCAUGGAGUCAUAAGGCAGACCGCCGCGUUGCAGGAAGAGAAGUUGGAAGGGGUGACCGUGCUCACAAACAGCGAGGACCCCCUGGACAUCCAGGCCCUUGUCGAGGGUCCGACGGAGACGCCGUACGAUGGCGGCAUCUUUCGGAUCAAGGUCUGUAUAGGAGCGGACUUCCCGCAGCAGCCUCCGAAGGCCAUCUUCUUGACUAAGAUCUUCCACCCCAAUAUCAACGCGUCGACUGGGGACGUUUGCGUCAACACGCUCAAGAGGGAUUGGGACCCAGCGAACUGGAACAUCGGCCACAUUCUGCAGGUCAUCCGUUGCUUGUUGAUCGUGCCCUUUCCGGAGUCUUCCCUGAAUGAGGAGGCCGGGCGCUUGUUCAUGGAGAGCUACUCGGAGUACGCCACGCACGCCGCCAUGAUGACCCGCACGUGGGCCAUGCCGCGGCAGCCAGCGAGCACGGCUCCGCAGAGAGACGAGGCCGGCGAACCCGCGGAGGAGGGAGAGGCGAGGAGGCCCUCCAGGCAGGCGGGCGCCAAGCAGAAGAAGAGUCUUCGGCGCCUGUGA